AUGGUGAACCUGUUCUUCGUGGGAGACUUGAAAGACAAGAUCGCGGAGAAUCAGAAGUAUUACUUCGCUGCGAGCAAGCUGCAGCUGUUCCUCGCCAGGAAGGGCGACGACAACUGGCUCGAUAGAAGCGGCGCGGAAGCUGUGACGCUCGAUGAACAUGGACACCCGGAAGGCUUUACGCACAUGGAUCCGUUGUUGUGGAUCAAGAACCCGAAGAACUUUGGAGACAGCUUUGAGCCAAACGAAGGGGAAAUCCACGUGUUGGUGAUGGUUCCGGAAGUUGAUCAGGAGCAAUGGGAUGAGCAACGGGCACGCAAGAAGGCCAGAUCAUUGACUGUCAUCGAGGUUGAGAGGAUGAAUUCAAUUGCAGCCACCUUGGAUAUCGACAUGUGGCAAAUUGGUGGCAUCGCACUCGACAUUCGCCACGUCGAGCCGGAUUUUCCCGCUUGGUUCUAUGUUCGGAAGGAAAAGCAGGGCAUCAUCAAGAUAUUCAACGACCGUAUGGAAAAGCAGCUCAGCACUGUGUUUGUGGGGACACCUGGUGUUGGGGAGAGCAUGAUGGUCGUGUUGUUUGCGUUCUUCAUGACGUUGCGUCAACAGAAACGCGUCGUCUUGUUUCGGAAGCUGAAAAAGGAAGGAUUCUCCAUGCUGUACCUUGAUGCAAAGGGCAAGCAAUACCGGCGAGAGAACGUGUUGGAAGUAAAAAAAAGUUGA